CACGUUGAUACCAUCUGCAUCAUACGCGUCUGAACGAACGCACGUGCUGCACGCAGGAACCGCCGGGAGGAGCGGCAAAGGUGGCUCGAGGGUGACGACGAGCGAGGCGGUUCCCUGGACGGCGACGAAGUUCUGUAACGCGGCGCGCCACGAAUUCAGUUUCCCCCGUCUUUCUUCUGGAGCACCGACGAGGAAGAGGAAGUCGCGGUGGAAAGCGAGGACGGCGGUCAUGGCGGUCGCGGCGAACACCUUCGACGCCUGGCUCAGCAAGAAGCUACAGGCGCUCAACACGGACGAGGGCGUCUUCGGCACGUACAUCCGCGGCAUCCUCGAGGGCGACGAGACCGAGGACGAGAAGACGGAGGCGCUCGAGAGCAUACUCAUGGGCAUAACGGAGGAUAACAUUAGCAAACACGUGACGGAGAUCCUGAGUGCAUGGGCAGAAUGGUUGCCAGCGGAAGAGGUAGCUGCGGCGACUGUGCCGACGGAGGACGUCGACGUCAGGCUGGCACGGAUGCUGGAGUCGCAGACUCUGCCGACUACGACACAGAGAAGUUACACGGAGGAAGAGAGACGGAUACGGGAGGCUAUACUGGCACAGUACAGCCAGAUGUCCGACGAGGACAACAGCGAAGGCGAUGGGGAAGAGGAUGGAGCCAGUGGCGGAGAUUGUGGAAUUGAGAAGAAUCUGAAUGCAGCGACUAUCGUACAACAGGAAAGAGAAAAGAGAGAAAAGGCUAAACUUGAGAGUCAAAAAAAGAAGGAGAAGGACAAAGAGGACAGAGAGAAACAGAAACAACUAAAGGAAGAAAAGAAAGAGAAAAGAAAGACGCAAAAGGGAGAGAGACGAAGGUAGCAUCGAAACAAAUGGAAUCCAAGUUUUACCUCAAGAUUACAAAAUAUCGAAUACAUAUAUACUGUCGUAUUUAUGUAUGUCUGUCUCUAUAUUGUCAUGCAUGCAACGAUCUUCGACAGUUAUUUAAACCAGUCAUCAAUCCUAUAUUUUCAUUAGGAUAUGUGUGUAGUGUUUGUGUUAGAAGGAGGAUCUGUACGCUCAACGCGAAUGCUUAUAUCACAAGAGAACGGUAUCUACGCGAUAUUAAUCCUGUAUCAUCCUGUGCCUUCUAUCUCUCUAAAACAUUUACCCUUUUAUUGAAAGACUUUUUAAUGAAUUAUCCUUUUUUUACGUUUUUCUUAUCGUUGUCUUCGCAAUCUGUAUUCAGAACUUCUAUCUAUACUAUAUUGUUUGAUCCUGUUAUAUUAUUGUAUUAACAUUACAAUAAUUCGCGUUUGCUCGAUAAAUAACAGUUCUGAGUAUUGAU